UAGACUUUGAGACUGCAGAGGCAAACACAUAACUAUUUUAUACUCAGGUUGAUCUUACACAAUUCUAGUCAAAACCUGUAUGUCGUUGUUGAACGCAUAGAGGUCCUCUCUGUCUCUAUCUACUCCGCUACAAUGGUGUCUGGGAGGUUGUUGAUGUCCAUGGCCCUCCUCAUUCUCUGUGGGUGUCAGGGCACACACAGUGGUAAUGUGCUGGUCUUUUCUGGGGAGUUCAGUCACUGGCUCAACAUGCGUGUGAUCCUGGAAGAACUAGUGGAGCGAAACCAUAGUGUCACAGUGCUGGUUUGCUCUGCCUCACCUUCAGUCAACUAUACCAAACCAGAGGGUUUCAGCUUCAAGGUGUAUAAUGUUCCUUUUGAGAGACAUGAUUUGGAGUCUCUCCAGGAGGACUUCCUAAACUUCUGGAUAUACGAGGCUCAGAACGCCUCAAUCUUGCAGGUGGGCCUGAAGAUCCGGGAGGUGUUGGGAAGUAUGACAGCUCUACAUCUCAACAUGUGUGAUGCCAUGUUCCACAACAAAGAGCUUAUGGACACACUGAGACAGUGGGAGUUUGACGCAGUCCUUUCUGAUCCAAUGAUGCCAUGCAGUGACUUAAUGGCAGAUGCUCUUAACGUGCCUUUCAUUAUCUCGCUGAGGUUUACAUUUGGCAUGACUAUGGAGAGGCACUGCGGGCAGAUACCAGCGCCCCCCUCUUUUGUUCCUGCCCCCCCUUUGACGUACACAGACCAAAAGUUUUUUGAGCGGGUUCACAAUUUUGUUACGUACAUGAUACAUUCUACCUUUUUCUCUAUACACUGCCUACAGAACAUUGAUAAGUACUACAGUGGGAUCAAGGGCAGACCUACGACUUUAUGCGAGAUCUUGGGGAAGGCAGAUAUCUGGUUGAUACGGACCUACUGGGACUUUGAGUAUCCUCGACCUUUCCUUCCCAACUUUAAAUUUGUGGGAGGCCUUCACUGCAAACCUGCAAAACCCCUUUCAAAAACCAUGGAGGACUUUGUGCAGAGUUCAGGAGAUGAUGGAAUCGUGGUGUUUUCCCUGGGAUCCAUGAUCAAGAACCUCACUAAAGAGAGGGGAAACACCAUAGCCACUGCAUUGGGACAAAUACCACAGAAGGUGCUGUGGAGAUACAGUGGGGAGAAACCAGAGACUCUCGCCCCCAACACAAGAGUUUAUGAAUGGAUUCCACAAAAUGAUUUACUUGGUCAUCCAAAGACCAAAGCCUUCGUCACCCACGGUGGGACCAACGGACUAUAUGAAUCCAUUUACCAUGGAAUCCCAAUGGUGGGCAUCCCCUUGUUCGCUGACCAGCCAGACAAUAUCAUCCACAUGAAAAACAAGGGAGCUGCUGUAAUGGUGGACUUCAACAAGAUGACAUCCAAAGACCUUGUGGAUGGCCUCAACAGUGUGAUCAAUGAUCCAUCGUAUAAAGCAAGCAUGAUGAGGCUGUCAAGAAUCCACCACGACCAACCAAUGAAACCCUUGGAUACAGCUGUGUUCUGGAUCGAGUUUGUGAUGCGUAACAAAGGGGCUAAGCACUUGAGGGUGGAGGCCCAUAACCUGAGCUGGUACCAGUACCACUGUCUAGAUGUGGCAGCUGCUCUGCUCACCAUAGUGGCACUUGUCAUAGUUGUAUCCAUUAAAACGUGCAUUUUCUGCUUCCACAAGUGCUGCAAGAAAACUAAAUCCAGACAGAAGACAGAGUGACCCCUUGAAAUAAUGUGAAAGGGUCAUUCCACCAAAUUAGUACCUUGUUGGGUAGUGUAACUUCGUGAAAAAUAAAUGUUUUAUUUCACCUCA